AUGGCCCUUUUACGCUACUCUUUGCCGCUUUCCCGGCUUACUCUACCAUCAAUAAUAUCGAACCGUGGAGCUGCUACUGCACCAGCGGCUUCUUCAUCAACCGUUGUCGAGCAUACAACAAAUCCCCCGAUUCAGAACGCUCAAGAACAGAAUGUAAUCAAUAAUUUAUCACCAUAUAAGAACGUACCGGGCAAACACUAUGGCGACAGCAAAGUCGAAGUUGCAUUAGCUCGUUUAGAUGAUGUACAAAAUUUGAUUCGACGUGGUUCGAUAUGGCCACUUACAUUCGGUCUCGCUUGCUGUGCCGUAGAAAUGAUGCAUAUGGCUGCACCACGUUAUGAUAUGGAUCGAUUUGGUGUUGUUUUUCGUGCUAGUCCACGCCAAUGUGAUCUUAUGGUUGUUGCUGGUACAUUAACUAAUAAAAUGGCACCAGCUAUUCGACGACUUUAUGAGCAAAUGCCUCAUCCAAAAUGGGUUAUCUCUAUGGGCUCGUGUGCUAACGGUGGUGGUUAUUAUCAUUAUUCUUAUGCAGUCGUACGUGGAUGCGAUCGUAUUAUUCCCGUAGAUAUUUAUGUUCCUGGUUGUCCACCAAGUGCAGAAGCUUUACUCUACGGUGUUCUACAAUUACAACGAAAAAUCAAACGCUACGAUACCUUACAAAAGUGGUAUCGCAAAUAA